UCUCCGGUCCAAACCCCACUCCUUAUAUAAAAGCUCUUUUUCUUUAACGUUAACCAAAACCCUUUGAUUUUGUUUUUUGCUUUCAUCAAAAAGGAGAAAAAUAUGGCUAGGCUUGCCGUUACGUUCACGGUAAUUUUCCUCUUCACCUUCUCAUAUCACGCCCGCUUUCUCACGGCUGAACCGGAACAUGACGUCACCCUCGAACAAACCGAGUCCAAGUUACCGGAAUCCGACUCUAAAACCACAAACGCCGUCUUUCUCCCUAGCGAGAAACCCGGGCUCGAAUCCGCCGAAGUAGUUGAUUUCAAGCCCGAUGCCUUGGAAACCGUCUCAGACGUGGACUCGGUUCCGUUGACAGAGAUCAGUUUCCGUCCUGUAAACCGUCACUUCCCCAGACGUCCCAUGAUUCCGUUCCGUCACAAACACAACUGCCGUUUCCACAGACGGUUCAGGCCUUUGAACCGCGGGUUACAGCAGAAGCGCUAUAUUUCUUACGGCGACGAUAUGAUUUUGUCCGACGAGAGGACUCAAUUUGACCCGGAGUCACCGGCGUCGUGUUGUUCGCCAGAUCCAGCCGAGAUGGGCCAGGUUUUCCGAUGAGGCACCGAGUAUAAGGAGGAUCUAGAUUUUAUAAAGCCUCAUCAUCACGACCACGAACACGAUCAUGAUACCAUCACCACCACCACCAUCACCACCGCCACCAUCACCAUGGAGAGGAAGACGAGAAGGAUGAGAGGAGGAGCACGAGGGCGGCGUUCAUGAGGAGGUUUCGCAAGUUUUUUAUUCAUUUUUGAAGACAUCAUGCACAUCUAAUCUAUGUUUACUAGUUUGAGGUAGGGACUGUAAAUAAGAUCGCAUCCUUUGGGAUGAGGAAUAUGGUUUUAUGUCUUCGUAUUUCCUUGUAUAAUAGUACUACACAGCACUAAUUUUACGAGAUCAUUGAGUUUGCUUUCUUUUUCA